AGACUGGAGGGCAGUGGCACAAUCACGGCUCACUGUAGCCUCGACCUCCUGGGCUCCAGAGAUCCUCCCACCUCAGGAGGACAUCAGUCCUCCAGACAGACAUCAGGCCCCGGUGGACACCAGGCCCCAAGUGGGACACAAGCCCAAGGCGGACAUCAGGCCUGAGGAGGACAUCCGGCCCCUGGUGAACAUUAGGUGCAGGUGUCCAAGCAGGCCCUGAGUGGACAUAACAGUGUCUAGAGUCAGCCCUGUGGCCAGCUUACUUGGUGAGAGACGCUCAAAAGAGAGAGGUGUUCUCGUGUUGCAUCCCCACUGCCCAAGGCUGCUCCUUCAGGAAUGGCAGAAGAGCCUUUUCCGACGAUGCUGACGAAGGCUUCUCCCUCACCCCAGACGCCUGUGGCCCUUUGUAAAAACGCGCACCCAGGUACCACAGGGCAGCCUCACCUCACCGGAGAUCCCAUCGGGCCUGCAUCUGCACGUUGUCCUUGUCCAAGAGGAGAUUCGGGAGCCUAUACGGGCACAGGCACAUGCUCCUGCCGCACGUGCAGAGAGAGGGGAACUUCCAGCGCCCCUCUGUGGAGCCAGAACCCACAGCAUGGGAGGGGCCCCUCCAGAGGCCAUGCUGCAGCUAGAGCAGCAGCUCCAGAGCCCUCCGGGCCCUGCACCGGUACAGCCAAGGACCAGCCCAGUGAGGAGCUGCCCGACCUCAGGCCACCUGCCGUAGUCACUGGCCUCAGCCCUGGAGCUGAGAACAUGGCUGGAGAUAGAGGUGUUUGAGGACUGGAAUUCCUUUAAAUUCAGUGAGGUGGUUUCCAUGUUUGGAAAUUCCAAUGGAAAGUGACUGACAUGGGUGACCGUUUCCCCUUUUUCAGCUCCUGCGCCAUGUGCAGAGAGAGACGAACUUCCAGCGCCCGCUGUGGAGCCAGAGCCCACGGCACGGGGAGGGCCCCUCUAGAGACAGCGCUGCAGCUAGAGGCGGCAGCUCCAGAGCCCUCCGGGCUGUGCACCGGUACAGCCAAGGACCAGCCCAGUGAGGAGCUGCCCGACCUCAGGCCACCUGCCGUAGCCACUGGCCUCAGCCCUGGAGCUGACAGCGUGGCUGGAGAUAGAGAGCGGGUGGCCAGCACCACCCUAGACAGCAGCUCCCACACCGCCCCUAGUCCCGGGCAUGGUGGGAGCCAUGGAGUCAGAGACCAGGGUAUGCAGCCUCAGCUCAUCUACCUCACUGGAAAGAGGCUUAUUUUAUUCACCAGAGCCACAUCCCAGGUGCAGCAGGACCUUUGCAUUCUGCCAGUGCUGGGAGUAUCUAUCUGCGCACAGGAGGUGCUUGAGAGCAGGAACAGAAGCCUGCAGGAAAGGGUUCCAGCAGCUCCUCCUGCUCCCAGAGUCAGCCUUGUCUUCUAUGAGAGCAGGAAAAGAAGCUUGUGAGAAAGGGUUCCAGCAGCUCCUCCUGCUCCCAGAGGCGGCCUCCUGCUCCGGGCGUGGAGGUCUCUCUGCUACUGGGCUUCUGGGCUGUUUGCUCCUGAUGUGCUCCCCAGGAUGGGCUUAAUGGGCGGGCAGGGGGUGCGAGGACCAGGGGGCGGCUUCAAAGGGUACAGCAACCAAAGCUUCCAAACUCAGCACUUGUGCUUCGGUCUCUCCAUGCUGCCACCUGCCCUAGGAUUUAUUCAUAGUGUUAAAUUACCAGUUUAUGCAAAUGAUGUUUCAUUAAAGCUCAACUUUUUGAAAGUUCA